AUGUCAUCUAUAACAACAUCUUCACCAACACCACAUCAUGACUCCAAGGUAAUAUCCAAACCAGUUGUUUUAUUAGCCAAUAAGUCUCCGGAUGCAGUAACUCAUUUAGUAUCGGGAGGUAUAGCGGGUUUAGUCUCGGCAGUUACUUUACAGCCCUUUGAUUUGUUAAAGACUCGACUACAGCAACAACAGCACACUACCAAGAAUGAAGUUCGGACUACGAUAUAUAAGGAAUUGAAAAAAUUAACCAAAAUAAAAGAUCUUUGGCGUGGUACAUUACCUUCGACAUUGAGAACUUCAAUUGGUGCUGGAUUGUACUUUACAAUCUUGUCCAAGAUGAGAUCGAACUGGGCGGCAUAUAGGUUGAAGUAUCCUAGAAACGGUGAAGUUGAAUCAAGCUUCAAAUCGAGCUCAUCUGUAUUACCUAAAUUAACACCAAUGGAGAAUUUAGCUACCGGGUUUUUUGCAAGAGCAAUUGUUGGGUAUAUCACUAUGCCUAUAACUGUUAUCAAGACAAGAUUCGAGAGUAACUUGUAUAAUUACAAUUCCAUGUAUGAUGGUAUCCUGGGGGUAUAUUUAGAAAAUACAAAAGGAGGGAACGGGGAAAUGGGGAAAGUACCACGCCAUGGUGGAUCAUUAAAAAACUUUUUUAGAGGUUCAACAGCAACAUUGGCAAGAGAUUGCCCUUAUGCUGGAUUAUAUGUUCUCUCGUAUGAAUUGUUUAAAAAUGACAUUCUUCCGAUUUUCAUACUUCGAAACUUUAGCCAAGACCACCACCUUCUUAACCAUCAUUAUGCAAGUAUUAUUAAUACUACAGCCGCAAUAUUAGCAGCAACUACGAGUACUACAAUAACUGCCCCCUUUGAUGCGAUAAAAACGAGGUUACAACUCACUAAUGGUAACUCAAUGUGGAAAACUUUUCAAACAUUGAUGCAGGAAGAAGGUGGGUUUAAAAACUUGUUUAGAGGAUUAAGUUUGAGAUUAAGUAGAAAAUGUGUUAGUGCUGGGAUCAGCUGGUGUAUUUAUGAGGAAUUAAUUAAAAGUAAAAUGCUCAAAGACUGGUUUGCAUAG